AUGGCGGCUGGACUACACAGAAAGGGGCAAUCAUCUCGCCUCAACCUUUCUAUAGACUCUCUUCACUGGUUCCGGUAUUUGUCCGCCAGCCCUCUGGUUCCAAAGUUAGAAAAUCCGACGGACGUAUUGGAACCCCGUUACACUGAAGCUUUCGUGAUUGGAGAGGUAUCAAAGGGGUCUUGUUAUCAUAGCAGAGGCCCGAGAACUCGAUUGAAGAUCAUCAUAAAGCAAUUACCUGAUGCGGAUGGGCAAGUACCACUUUGUUGGGGACCCCUGAGAAGGCUCUGGCAGGCAUGCACCGAUGCUGACCAACUGCACUGUCAUAGUCCCAGAGAUCUGUCGGCGCCGAGCUUCCAGUAUUCAAUGCGUGUGGCUGUCCCUGAUGCUCGGUCCUUCGCAUCAAAAGAGACUAAGUAA